GAAAUAUGAGGAGAGCAAGAUUAUGCGAGGCACAUACAUAUGCACAUGUAUAUGUACAUAAUAGCAACGGCCUUUAAGCAAUCAAAAGUCUUUCUGGUCGAUUAGUUGCUUGUACUAUUUCGACCCUCUAACUUGAUUGGAUAGCGCGAAAUGUGUUAUUGAUGUCAACGUUCUAGCGUUUAGUGUUUCUGCUUUUCAAAAUAAAAAUGCAUUUUCAAAAACUUCAAAGUCGCGCUUGCUUCAAAUAAAAAAUUCCAUAAAUGUUUUCAAACAUACAUGUGGGCGUAUGCAUGUGAAGUGAUGUGUGCAUAUAUUUGUGUUGGUAUACAUAAAAUGAACAACCAACGUUAAUAAAUAUAGUUUGUUAGUAAUAAAUGUUUGUUAGUAUACCUACAAUAAACAAACAUACAGACAUAUGUGUGUUUAUACAUAAAUCUGCGCAAAACCGGAAAUUAAAAUAUUGCUGUAAAUUCAGUAUAUAUACAUAAAUAUAUACAAAUUUGUAUUUUCAAAUGAGAUUGCAUGUGUGCUAAUGUCAGUUGUAUAUGUGAUUGUAUCGUUAUGUUUUAAGUGCAGAUAGUUUUGUUCAUUAGUCAAAUCUGAUCAACAAUUUUCGGUCGAAAUUCGUAAAAUGAACUAAAAAUUUCACCGUUUAAUGUGUAGUUCAAAAAAGUGAAAUAGUGUGUGGCAUAAGCAGUGUUUGUUUUUUGCGUAAAGUCAAUUAUCAUUUUGAAAGCAUAUACAUACAUUUGCAUAUGUAUAUAUAAUAAAUACAGUGACAUUCAUUUAAUAGAAACUACAAAAUGUAAAGUUCGGUUUUCUUUCUUUUAUUAAUAUACGCGCAAAUAUAUAUUAAAUAUGAAAACAUACAGAAAAAUAAAGGCAAAAUAAAUUAAAAAUCAAAAAAUAUGUGCGAAACAUUACUAUAAAACUGAAGACUUCCAAAGUAAUUUAAUCAAAUAUUUUACAACAAAGCUUCCUAUAGCAUUAUGUACCCAAAAUGAAAUAUAUUUGAAGUACUCAUUCGGAAAAUCACGCAAGUAACUAAUGUGAAUGGGUAUUUUAGAACAACGAAAUAACUAUUGCUUGUGAAAUCGAUAAAAAAAAUUUUCCGAUUGAUUCCUAUGCUGUAUAAAAUAAUACAUACAAAUCUACUCAUGGAACAGAAAAACUUUGAACAAAGAACGAGCUAUAAUCAACAUACUUAUUACUCAUUAGCAAAAAAUAUAUUUACAUGAAGUUCAAUUGUGGGGAGCUUUCCGAUGCUGUUAAGUGAAAAUUUACCUCAUCUUGUUCCAUUGGUUCUGGAUAGCCAAAGCGUCUUAGUCGAGAUUGAAAGCUUUAGGAAGUUGAAAUUUUGCGGUGAUGACUUUCAGCAUUAGUAAUAAAAGAAAACAUGAUAAGAAUCGAUAUAUCAAGAUAUAUCAAUCAAAUACACAGUUGGUGCAUACAAGGGAUGGCCUUAGCAUUAGCAAAUAAAACGGAAUAUCGACUACUCGCUCACCUUUCUGAUUAUUCCCCAUCGCUUUCUUUAUUAAUGCAAAACAAAACAACUGUGCUGCGGAUAUGGACAAUCAGCAUUGUAUUUGCUGUCCUUUGCCCAUUACACAUAGUUCAUUGUACCGAUCCCAAAUUUGAUCCGUCGACACGAAUGCGACUUGUUUUAAUACCGGCGGAUGCUCAAGUUGGAACUGUUAUUUAUCGAUUACGUGCCACGGACGAAGAAUUUGACUACCCACUGACAUUUGAACUUAUAGGUGGUUCUGCAUCAGCCACAGUUAAGAUUGAUUCGCUUCCAUGCACAAAAUACAAUUCCGUUUGCCAAGCAAAUGUUGUGUUACUUCGACGUUUGGAACCUGGACGCUACUAUGACUUCCAGGUAUCGGUAAAGGACACAAAAGGUGGAAUGUCUAGCCAAUUAUGUUCCAUUACUGCUACCAAUUUUACAACACAGCAUGACCUCAUAUUUCCCCACAAGCCUGGGAUAAUAAUGAUUCCAGAGGAUGCAAAGCGAGGAACCGAACUAGAUUAUGUAAUUGCUCGUAAAAAUCCACUUUUUCAAAAACCAGUUUACCUUGAAUUAUGGGGCUCUCCACUUUUCGCCAUAAGACAAAAAAUUGUAUCAGCAGAAACUACAGAAGGUACAGUGUUUUUACUUGGGCCACUCGAUUUCGAAAAGCAAGCUAUGUACCAUUUAACCAUAUUGGCCAACGACGCAUAUGCUGAACCUGGCCAAGACAGCCGCAAUAUAGCUGGACUAGAACUCGUAGUGAUUGUACAAGAUGUGCAGGAUCAGCCACCUGUGUUUACGUCAGCUGCACCAGUGACGAAAUUGACAGCUGGUAUUCUUCCAGGCGAUAAGAUACUACAAGUGCAUGCCGAAGAUGGUGACAAAGGAAGUCCUCGUGAAGUUCGAUAUGGCCUUGUAUCAGAAGGAAAUCCAUUUACUUCCUUUUUUGAUAUUAACGAGACUAGUGGUGAAAUAUUUUUGAUGCGACCGCUGGAAGAAAUUGCAGCUAUAACUCACGUGGGAGAUCCAGUUUUACUCACAGUGAUUGCUGAAGAAGUUAAAGUUGGACGAGAAGAACCCCCAGCCAUGGCUUCAACCGUACAAUUGGCAUUAUUUUUACCAGAACGGACAAAUUCUGCACCUUAUUUCGAGAAUGAUCACUAUGUUUCAAGAAUUGAUGAAAACACCCCGCAAGGUACUGCUCUUACAUUUGUCGAUCCAUAUUUGUCACGUGUUUAUGACGAUGAUACCGGUAAAAAUGGAGUAUUUUCAUUGACAUUACUCAAUAAUAACGGUACAUUUGAAAUUUCGCCGAAUGUUGCUGAACGAAGUACUUCAUUCCUCAUUCGCGUACGAGAUAAUAUUCUUUUAGAUUAUGAAGAACGCCAUUCUGUGCAAUUUCAAAUAUUAGCUCAAGAAUUGGGACCAACUACAAACCUUUCAACCACUGUCAACGUUACAGUGUAUAUAAAUGAUGUUAAUGAUAAUCCGCCCAUAUUUGAACAGUCUAUGUAUACUGUAGAGCUGCCAGAAAAUAUGACUGCCGGAACUAAAAUUGUAUCGGUUAAAGCUACCGAUAUAGACUCGGCUGGUUUAGGUGGACGUGUACGAUACACAGCGAUUUUGGGCUAUUUAAACACCUCAUUAAAUUUAAACGCAGACUCAGGACUAAUUACAGUUUCCACUGAUAAUCACGGAUUCGAUCGUGAAGUAAUGCCCGAAUAUCAUUUAUACGUAGAAGCCCGCGACAAUGACGGCACGGGUAAUCGUGCUCAAGUGCCAUUAAUUAUAAAAAUCAUAGAUGUCAAUGAUGAAACUCCUAUUUUUGAGAAAGAGCUGUACGAAUUCAUACUAUCUCCAAACUUAAAAAGCUUCACCUCUGUAGCCACUGUACAUGCCAUAGAUAAGGAUGCAACAUCGCCAAACAACGAAAUUCGCUAUGAAUUAGUUAACGGAAAUUACGAAAAUACAUUUGCUUUGGACAAAAUAACUGGUGAACUCACUGUACGAGAAAGAAUCACAUUGCGAUCGAAAGCACGAAGAAGGCGCGAAACAAUAUCUCAGAUUGAUGAGGACAUGUUUUUGUUAAUAGCGCGAGCAUAUGAUUUAGGAGUACCUGUGCGAUUCAGCACUACUGCCAUUCGUAUAUAUCCACCAGAAAGUCGAACACGUACUGUGACCUUUGUGGUGCCAGGUGAAAGUCCUAAUAAAGAGAAAACAGAAGAAACACUUUCUACUAUAACGGGAGGAAAAGUUAUAAUACAUGAUAUUAGACCUUUACAACCGGACGAACCAGGUGCCAAAACAAUUACCGGAGGAAACACGGAUGCAAUGAAAAGAAGUGUUGUAACAGCAACGGUUCUAUAUGAUAGCACUUCGGUUGUAGAUAUAUCCCAGAUACAGCAGCGUUUAUCACAGCACAAUAGUUCAUAUGCCAUAAUGAACGGAAGUGACACAGCAGCAACAGACCACUUGACUCCUUCACAGACUCUCUACAAAGCAGAAAAUAAAUUGCUGUUCUGGUUGCUCAUAUUUUUAGCAACAUUAGUUGCAUUGACAAUUCUAAUACUACUAUUAUGUUGCAUUUGCUCAUGGUGCCCUUUAUAUGGAACUGCAAGCAAGAGAAUAGUUAAUAUCAUUAAAACUGAAGACGAUGUUCACCUAGUGCAUAGGGAAAUGGCAAAUGGAAAACAAGCAAAAUCUGUUCAGGUCGCCGAAUGGAUGGGACGCCGAGAGGCCUGGUCCGCUGAGAAGCCAACAGAUUCGCGAACGAAGUCAACACGCUGGGAGUUCCACAAUGGACGUGAGCAGUUUAACGAAAACGUAGGUUUACAGGCAGCAGUGAACACCAAUGAAGAAAACCAUCGUAUGAAUUCAGCGGAAGAGCAGCGAAGGCAUGUGAAAAUAAAGAACAACAGCACUACAAACGAUGAUGUAUUUCAUAAUUCUAGAACCAACUUAAUAAAUGAUAGGGAUGUUUAUAUUGAAGACAUAGGAGAUGACCGGGAACUAACAACUAUAGAACCUGGUCACAUUAAGCGAAACAACGAAAUGCAAAAAGCAGUAAAACACCGGAAAGACAGUGAUAACGAAAGCAAACAUAUUGAUGAAGAUUCUAUGCGUCGCCAUGAAAUUGAACGCGGUAGUGAUAUCGAUUACAAUACAGCUCGGAGCAGUUUAAAAAAUAAAAGAGAAUUGUUCAUGAAGGACGGAAAUAUUGAAAUACUGCAACUUAUGACUAGGGACAAAACUGGGGAGGAUGUUGAGGCAAUGGAUGAUGAAAAUAACAUUUAUGUCAAUUUACCAAUAAAAUCUGCGACUGUUUCUCAGCCUCAAUUGGUAAUGGUGGAAAAUAGUGGAAAAGAAAUUCUAAUGCGUCGUUUCAUUGAAGAGCAGCCUGAUGGUAAACAGAUAAUUCGUGAGCACUAUCAAAUUGUUCCUGGUGCCACUUAUAUACAAUCUAUGCCAAAUGAAAUCGAGCACCACUCCACUUUGAAGGGAGAAACCUUUGCUAUCUGCAAAUCGGGUCCAAAUAGUAUAGUCUAUUCUCAGACUGAGCCUGAAGUGAAAGUAAUACAUACACAGCCGUCUCAAAGUGUGACGCAGUUACAAGCUGACGCUCUCAUAAGUCAGAUCCAGCCAUCCAUAUCAAAUCAAUCAUUGACACACGAGCUUGAGAAUUCUUUAAAACAACAAAAUAUAUUACUGCGUCAAAUAUUAAUGGAAAAAGAAAAAACAGAAGAGCGAGGUGCACAGCCAGAAGUAGUAUUAGAAACACAAAGCCUUCCAGGUCACUCCGUGGCGAUUGCAACGCAAACAGAAUGUGAAGUUUGUACACAGACAGGCAAUGACGCUGAUUUUUCAGAAAAAACGUCUAGUUAUGUACAAGGAAAGCUAAUGCGGCGCAAAGCUCGCAGUGAAAAUGAUGAUUCCUUGUCCGAAGAUGAAUAUGAGUACGUACGAUACAUCCCUCCAGAUAGCCCAGAAGGACGAUUCUGGAUAAAACGUAAAGUACAAAAAAGUCGUAUUAAAUAUCGCAAUAAUAAACAACCAAGAAAGAGAAUUGUUAUGGUAGAAGAAAUUAAAAGAAAAAUUCGUACACCCAUUAAAGAAGAAGAUGAUGAGGUAUUUGAGUUAAGAAGGAGUGCUCCACCCAAAAAACCCCUGCGGAAACAUACUGAAAUAAAAACCAGUGUUCUCCGAAGUAAAAAGAACAGUGAAAGGCAGAAUACUAGUAAUCCUAUGCAGCGAAAAAGCUCGAAUGCGAGUAAAGAAUAUAUAUCUGACUCUUUAGAGGACAGUUCUGGAGGUCCAGAACAUUAUCGAACAAUGAGAGUUGGUGAAAUCGAAUAUUAUUCAUCAGACAAUGAUUAUUCAAAUGAAUCUGGAACUGACGAAAUUAUUGUUAAAAGUAAUGUAUUAACACCGCAUCAUUCGAAAAAAAAGCAUAACGUUGUGGAUAUCAACAAUCAAUCUACUCAUAAAAUACCGGAAGCCAAACACAGAGAGUCACGUAUGCUGUCGUCACAAACUCGAAAUCGUUCGCAAAGUUCAUCAGAAAUUCCACAUAGAAGAUUUGAUAAUGAAAAGUAUAUGUCUUCGUUAACUGAAUUUCGUCAUGCAGCUAAAGAGCGUGUAUACCAAAGUGAAACCAACUUAAAUCACCAGGAUGAUCGAUAUGGAAACGGGGACUCCACAGAGAAACAUAUUCCAAAAUACAUGGAGUGGUACUACGGCAAACAAAAAAAUGGAAAUAACAAAACUACGUCUGAUACUUCGAAAUCAUUGACAGCUUCAAAAAGAAAAAAAGGUUUAACGAAAACGUGUUUAGUCUCCAAGGCCGAUUAUAUUCCAUCUGAAGAUGUUAAAAGCAAACCAGAACCUGCACCGAGAAAAUCACUCCCUAAAAACAAUAGACUCUUGAAAGAAGAUAUUGUGAUGAAUAAGCAGCAUAAACCUAAAAUUGAGACUGAUGCUAGCCACCCACUUUUACAGCAUUCAGAGCACAGGUUUGAACGCGAAAACGCUACUGAGGUUCCUUUACCACCAACAAAAUUGUCGCACUACAUGUAUCCCGAGACUCCGCCAUUUACUUCCACUAAGGUAGCGGCAGGCAACAAUGUAAAAGUAAAACCUAAACCGUCACCUAUCAAAGAAAAUGAAGUCAAAACAACACAUUCGAAAAUAAACCUUCAUGUCGAGAAUCCAAAUUCUACUCACCCGAAUCCUAGUAGUAAUACAAAUAUGCACAAAAACUCUCAAAAACAACUGAAUGUAUCUACAUUAGAAGAUGAUCACGAUUCUGGAAUUGCCAUGAAUUCUUUGCUAAAUAAUAUGGGACGUAGAAAUCCCAUCGCUGAUAAGAAAAGCGUAUUUUCAAUUGCAUACGAUGAUGUUAGCCGAGUGAAGAAAAUUACAUCAGGAGGGGAAUCACCACAAUAUUCAUAGGACCGCAGGUGACCUUAAAAAUAUUUACGGUACACUCCACAAGUAUUUAUGUAGGAAAAUUAAAAUAAUUUCAUUACCACAAUAUAUGUGAUACUCUUUUUUCAUUUUAUAUUUGCUAUCUAAUCAAAUGUACCCUAUUGUUGAAAUUUAAAAAAAGUUACUAUUUAUUGUUAAAGUUGUUAAUGUAUGAACUUGAAAUUUUAUAAGGCUACACGUUUUUUUUUAUUACUUACUUUUUUCUAAUUUUUAUUUUUUACCUUCUUAUAGAAGUGGAAAUUGUCUAUAAAAGACAAACCAAAAUUAAUUAUCAAGAAAAUCAUUAAAUACUCAUACACAUUACAAAUAUGAUUUGUGUAUAUAAUAUCUAAUUUUAUUUUUAAAUUUUACAUACUUAUGUACAGACAUACAUAUUAUAAUAUAAAUAUAUUAAUUAUAUAAUAAUUAUAAUUAUAUAUAUAUAUUAUAUAUAUAUAUAAGAAUGAAUACAAGUACAUAUGUAUGUACUAAAAUGCAUUUGUAAAGACAUGCUGUCGAUAUUUAUUGUAAAUAGAAAAAACUUCAAUAUGCUUGUCCUUAUCGACCCUAUUAAUGUAAAGAUUUGUAGGAACCGUAGUAUAACUUUUAUAACUUUUAUUGAAACUAUUUAAUUUUGAAAACAAUAUUAUGAUUAUAAAUUGACAUUUUAUGCAAUUUCCAAGCAAAUGUAUCUAGUACAUUUUCAGAUACGGUAAGUGCACACUGUUAUUCGAAUGUACUGUAUAAAUUUAUUUGUAUUAUGAUUAAGAGAAUGGAACUAUCCGAGAACACGUUAUAAACGCAUUUAUUACCUAGAUCCAUAUAUGUUUGAUCAGGAUUUACGGAAAUUAGUUGGAUCCUUUUAGAUUAAAAAAUGAAUUUGAAAAUUAAGUUAAGCAAAAUAUGUAAGUUAGCAAUACAAAUAUAUACAUAAUACGUAUAAGUUUUUAGACCUACAUUUAAGUUAUUGUUUAUGAAUAUAUAUCACUUGUAUUCUCAUUUUUAUACCUUGAUACUACUUUUGGUUUUUCUAAAUAUUCUUAUAUGUAUAUUGACGAUAUCUUUUUGAAGGUUUGUACGAUUACAGAGUCUGAUCAUAGACACAGUUAAUUGAAUUGAAUUGAAAAAGAUAACACUGUAUAUGGUAAAGAUGCUAUGUACUUGAGAUUUACGAAUUAAUACAAAUUUCACUUGGUAUCUUGGAUAUAAUAUCAUUUAAUAUUAAUGCCAACAUUCUGAUGUAAAGUUACUCCUUAAUAUAUACAGUAUCGAAAUAUAUAAGGCUCUUUAUAUCAAAUACAAAUCCUGCCAUGUCAUCUUGUCAGACGCAUUAACACAAAUAUAAUAAAUAUAUUAAUAUAAAUACAAUCGCCAAGUAAUUUGUACUAUAAUUAGGGCUUCGUAAAAAUUGUCUUUUAGCUCAAAUUUUAGAAAUUAACUUCAAUUAUUUUUUUUUUUAAUUUAUUUCCUACCUUUAGUUUCUUUUGGAAGAUUUGAUUUAGAUUUUUAAAUUUAAAUUGAAGUAUAGUUUGUGCAGUAAAAUUUUCCACCGUAAUACUACCACCGGGUCAGUUUCUAACUUUUCCCUUUCAUUUAAAAACCGAAGGCAAUGAAAAAACACAUAUUGAGAAGCUUCUAUGGACUCAAUACACAUCGGACAAUACGAACUAUCAUCGUGAUGAAAUUUGCGGAGAUAGCUUCCGAAGCCUCCAUUACCACUUAAUAUUUGGGUUAUACCUAAGACAGACAUAUGGUUUCCAUACUAUAAUAUGUACAACAAUAAAAGCUCUAGAAACCAUGAACCAGCAUAGUGACACACAUGUAGUAUAUUGUACUAUGUUUACAUUCAUCAGCUGAUACAAAUAAAUUCAAGCAAAUUGUAAUUAUGAAUAACAGGCAGGAAAAUUGAUCCUGACUUAGUUAUAACUUCAAGCAAUCUUAAAAUAUUAUUAUCCAAUAUAAUUAUUACAUAUUAUUACAUACAUAUUACAUAUUUUUCACAUAAUUUUUUUUUUCAAAUUUUGUUUUUUGAUUUCAAUUAAUUUUGAAAUUAAUUUAUUUUCUGUAUGUCAAAAUGUCAGAAAACAUAUGAUUGUGACAGAAGAGCUUAAAGGUUUCGGUGUGUUCAAUGCAAUCCAUUGUAGUACAUUUCACAACACCAAAAAAUUUCAAUGGUUUCUAGAACUCUAUUGUAGUACGGAACACCAUUUGCUUUCAAACAAAAUUCGGAAAACCGAUGAUACACAUAUGGUUUCUGAAGCAUACUACAAUGUAUACUAUAUGUCUGUCUCAGGUAUUAGGUGGAAAUCCAGAUCUCCAUGUUUUCUAUUUAUCUAUGAAUGGAUGUCAGGUAUAAGCCUAUGGGUAUACCAUCCUUUGAGAUUUACCACCGUUGUUCCUUCAUUUGUAUGCUAUUUUUUCUCUAUUAUAUUUCUAUUCUGUCUUUUUGGAUUGGAAGGCGUUGAUAACUCUUGUAAUCUUGUAAAUUUAUCUCCCUCUCUGGAUGUCUAUAGGCGGAAUAUUUGCUAGCAUUAUGGGCAGCAUAUGACCUGAUCACAUACACGACGAAAAGCGACGAGCGAUAUCUGUCAAAUAUUAAACUGCACGCGUUCUUAUGGGCACAGCUUUUUAGACAACAGCACGACUUCGCGACAGAUGGCUUGAGGUUGUUGCUGUCACCAAAUUACAUAUGCUUCUAAUUUUGUCGACCACAAUGGUAUUUGUAGUCAGCAGUCGCCACGUCAUGUCGUCAUCUUUGUGUUCAGAGCAAAAUAAGAUGGUGUUAGUGCGCUUAGAGCGCAAUCAACUUCUGUUGCGGCAAUUCUUGUUUUAUAGGGGAGAAUCGCGACGAGUCUACUGUGUUCGGCAACACGCUUUGUGUUCUUAUUCGUAACAGUUCACUGCGACAUAACAGCCUUGAAUUUGCGCAAAUUUUAAAAUUAAAAAUUUGAAUUUUGUAAUUUUUUAAUUCAUAAUGGCAUAAUGAAUAUUGUAUUUGUUCGAAAACGAUGCGUACAAGAUGUUGAGAAAAUGAUAUGAAAGAAAAUGAGAGAAAAACCCGAACAGAGUUGUCGAACAUGAAUUCUAUGGGUGACAGCAAAAGAGAAUCGCCAGACAAUUUGCAACAGAAGUUGGCGUGUAUAAGGCGCACUUGCUGUGUUACCAAGCAACUCAGCGAUCAAUAAUAUUCAGUCUGCUUGCAGAGGUUGAGCGAGCAGGUCUAUGCGGCAAGAUUCUUCUUCUUCUUGAUUGGCGUAGAAAACGCUUACGCGGUUAUAGCCGAGUCCACUACAGCGCGCCAUCAUCAUCUCUUCUUUUGGCAGUUUGGUCCUUCCAUGGGAGUAGAGGUCUCCCUCCUUCUCGGCUUCCACCAGCGUAUACUGCAUCGAACACUUUAAGAGCUGGAGCCCUUCCGUCCAUCCGAAUAACAUGAUCUAGCCAGCGUAGCCGCUGUCUUUUUAUUAGCUGAACUAUGUCUAUGUAUGUGUUAUACAUCUCACCAUUUCAUCGUCUGCGGUAUUCGCCGUUGCCAAUGUUUAAGGGACCGCAAAUCUUCCGCAAAACCUCUCUUAUAGCAGAUUUUACCUUGUCUAGUUGAAGAGAUUAAAAGAAAAAUUCGUACACCCAUUAAAGAAGAAGAUGAUGAGGUAUUUGAGUCAAAAAGGAGUGCUCCACCCAAAAAACCCCUGCGGAAACAUACUGAAAUAAAAACCAGUGUUCUCCGAAGUAAAAAGAACAGUGAAAGGCAGAAUACUAGUAAUCCUAUGCAGCGAAAAAGCUCGAAUGCGAGUAAAGAAUAUAUAUAUCUGACUCUUUAGAGGACAGUUCUGGAGGUCCAGAACAUUAUCGAACAAUGAGAGUUGGUGAAAUCGAAUAUUAUUCAUCAGACAAUGAUUAUUCAAAUGAAUCUGGAACUGACGAAAUUAUUGUUAAAAGUAAUGUAUUAACACCGCAUCAUUCGAAAAAAAAGCAUAACGUUGUGGAUAUCAUCAAUCAAUCUACUCAUAAAAUACCGGAAGCCAAACACAGAGAGUCACGUAUGCUCGUCACAAACUCGAAAUCGUUCGCAAAGUUCAUCAGAAAUUCCACAUAGUAGAUUUGAUAAUGAAAAGUAUAUGUCUUCGUUAACUGAAUUUCGUCAUGCAGCUAAAGAGCGUGUAUACCAAAGUGAAACCAACUUAAAUCACCAGGAUGAUCGAUAUGGAAACGGGGACUCCACAGAGAAACAUAUUCCAAAAUACAUGGAGUGGUACUACGGCAAACAAAAAAUGGAAAUAACAAAACUACGUCUGAUACUUCGAAAUCAUUGACAGCUUCAAAAAGAAAAAAAGGUUUAACGAAAACGUGUUUAGUCUCCAAGGCCGAUUAUAUUCCAUCUGAAGAUGUUAAAAGCAAACCAGAACCUGCACCGAGAAAAUCACCCCCUAAAAACAAUAGACUCUUGAAAGAAGAUAUUGUGAUGAAUAAGCAGCAUAAACCUAAAAUUGAGACUGAUGCUAGCCACCCACUUUUACAGCAUUCAGAGCACAGGUUUGAACGCGAAAACGCUACUGAGGUUCCUUUACCACCAACAAAAUUGUCGCACUACAUGUAUCCCGAGACUCCGCCAUUUACUUCCACUAAGGUAGCGGCAGGCAACAAUGUAAAAGUAAAACCUAAACCGUCAAUUACAUCAGGAGGGGAAUCACCACAAUAUUCAUAGGACCGCAGGUGUCCUCAAAAAUAUUUACGGUACACUCCACAAGUAUUUAUGUAGGAAAAUUAAAAUAAUUUCAUUACCACAAUAUAUGUGAUACUCUUUUUUUCAUUUUAUAUUUGCUAUCUAAUCAAAUGUACCCUAUUGUUGAAAUUUAAAAAAGUUACUAUUUAUUGUUAAAGUUGUUAAUGUAUGAACUUGAAAUUUUAUAAGGCUACACAUUUGUUUUUUUUAUUACUUACUUUUUUCUAAUUUUUAUUUUUUACGUUCUUAUAGAAGUGGAAAUUGUCUAUAAAAGACAAACCAGAAUUAAUUAUCAAGAAAAUCAUUAAAUACUCAUACACAUUACAAAUAUGAUUUGUGUAUAUAAUAUCUAAUUUUAUUUUUAAAUUUUACAUACUUAUGUACAGACACACAUAUUAUAUAUAUUUAUUUAUAUAUUAUUAUAUAUAAAUACAGUCAAACCUGUAUAAACGAGAGUUCAAGGGAGCACAAUCUUAUUAUCGCUUAAAGAGGUUUCUCACUAACCCGAGUUUCUCGCUAAUGCACGUACAUACAUAUGUAGUGUUUCUCUCUUAUAGAGGUACGCAGCAAUAACAAGUCACAGUAAGUACGAAUGUAGUAAAUAUGUACAUAUGUAAACUCACUUAAUUACAGUACUUUGAUUUUUCUUUUUGACAUGAUGCAGAGCAGAACUUUACUUCGCAACUAUAAACUGAGUGAGUCCGAUAAACAGGACGGUAAACAAGCACACGUGUCCAUUCGAAAAGAAUGCCAUAGAGUAACAGCAUUUUUAGUUCCACGAAAAAAAUACAAAACAAUGGUCGGAAGUUUCACAAAAGUUAAGAAUGAGUCAUAAAAUUGCAGAUGUUAAACUUGUAAAUAAAGUUCGUCUCUCGCUUAUAGAGACCAGAUAAGUAGCAGUCUCACUUACGGAGGUCUGUGAGGCAAAAACGACUCUCUCUUACAGAGGUUUUUGUUUCUCACUAAUAGAGGUUUUGGAAGCUUAAAAUGAUGGGUCCUAGCUAUUACUCCCACUUAUAGAGUUUUCUCACUAAUCCAGUUCUUACUUAUCCAGGUUUGACUGUAUAUAUAUAAUUUAUUAUAUUAUAUAUAUUUAUUAUAUAAUAUAUGUAUAUAUAUAAGAAUGAAUACAAGUACAUAUGUAUGUACUAAAAUGCAUUUGUAAAGACAUGCUGUCGAUAUUUAUUGUAAAUAGAAAAAACAUCAAUAUGCUUGUCCUUAUCGACCCUAUUAAUGUAAAGAUUUGUAGAAACCGAAGUAUAACUUUUGUAACUUUUAUUGAAACCAUUUAAUUUUGAAGACAAUAUUAUGAUUAUAAAUUGACAUUUUAUGCAAUUUUCAAGCAAAUGUAUCUAGUACAUUUUCAGAUACGGUAAGGGCACACUGUUAUUCGAAUUUACUGUAUAAAUUUAUUUGUAUUAUGAUUAAGACAAUGGAACAAUCCGAGAACACGUUAUAAACGCAUUUAUUACCAAGAUCCAUAUAUGUUUGAUCAGGAUUUACGGAAAUUAGUUGGAUCCUUUUAGAUUAAAAAUGAAUUUGAAAAUUAAGUUAAGCAAAAUAUGUAAGUUAGCAAUACAAAUAUAUACAUAAUACGUAUAAGUUUUUAGACCUACAUUUAAGUUAUUGUUUAUGAAUAUAUAUCACUUGUAUUCUCAUUUUUAUACCUUGAUACUACUUUUGGUUUUUCUAAAUAUUCUUAUAUGUAUAUUGACGAUAUCUUUUUGAAGGUUUGUACGAUUACAGAGUCUGAUCAUAGACACAGUUAAUUGAAUUGAAUUGAAAAAGAUAACACUGUAUAUGGUAAAGAUGCUAUGUACUUGAGAUUUACGAAUUAAUACAAAUUUCACUUGGUAUCUUGGAUAUAAUAUCAUUUAAUAUUAAUGCCAACAUUCUGAUGUAAAGUUACUCCUUAAUAUAUACAGUAUCGAAAUAUAUAAGGCUCUUUAUAUCAAAUACAAA